AUGGAAGAUUUUCUGAGUUUAUGCAGCGACGCUGGAAUAGAAACUGAGAAAACAUUAGCCCAAGUCAAAGAGAAAUGGAGGUCUUUGUUCGACAAAUACAAAGCUGUCAAAGAUAACAACAACAAAACGGAAAGGGAUCGUAGGACCUUUCAGUUUUACGAUGAGAUCGAUGAGUUCAUGUCAGGGUCCGACAAAGGAAACCCGAAAUUUGUCAAGGAAACGCGAGUAAUGCAAGUGAGGCCAAAGGAUUCCCCGACAAGUUCCGAUAGUGGGAGCAGUGACGCGUCAGCUACUGUCACUAUUGCUGAUCCAACAACGGCCGCUGUUGGGGAAAAGCCAAAUGAGAAAGAUGAUUCACCCAGUCAACCAAAAAAAAAGAAGAAGAAGAGAGCAAGCCUUGAAGGAAAGGAGGCAGAGAGUACCAUUCUCAAUCUCAUGGAGGCACAACAAGCAGCCAUCGAGAAAGCAGACGAGAAAGACGAACGGAUGUUCGAGGCUUUGUUAAAAUCCCAAAGCGACUCUCAACAUAGACACCUGGAAUUUACUCUUUCUGCCCUGGGGAAACUGGGCGAGAUUUUCUCUUCGAAAAAAUAA